AUGGCACCGCCUAAGACAGUAUCGCCCGUGAUAGCAAGCCUAAGGGCGUCAAGUACAAGCGUCGUACGUGGAUGUCCCGGGGUUCCAAGGAGUAUACCCCGUAUUGAAACGGUUAUUGAGUUACGGCCAUUUAAUGGCGUUCCGUUCAUGAUUCGGUCGGUAGGAAUAGAAUUAAGAACCACACAAAGAGUUAUCGUGCCGUCUACACUAGGGUCAAAUGACACGGUUAGAGAAUAUAAAAUAUACGAAAAUCCGUUUGUUUUCAGGCCUGCAGCAGGAGAAUUUUCAGAAAGAUUACUAGGAAUAGAUAUACCUGUGUUGAUACCGUUGCCGAAAGAUAUUAUUUCCAGCGGACAAUAUCCACAAUGGAAUGCAAUGACGACACACAGUCUUGUGGUGAAGGUUUCAUGUGGUGAUACAUACAAUAAUGAGACCAACUACAAUGAAGCAUUCCCCAUUCCGAUCAAAUUGUACGACACGUUACCGAUUUACAGACAGUUCAAUGAGCCAAUAGCAGAGGUGAGGAAUUCAGACUGCAAACAGGUGCUUGUGGAACUAUCAUUGCCAGUGUCGUCGAUAGGACCUAAAGAUGACAUUAUUUUGUUCGUUAAAACCAUGACGGAUCCGCUAUGCAACAAAAUUAGUAAGAACUUGCGAUUAAGGUUUAUAACAUUCCAAAUUAAAGAGAUAUUAGAAUGCCAUGAAGGUGGGCUUCCGUUGAUGAAAGAGCAUAAGAUAUACACUGAAACAAAGAGUUUUUUGAAUGACGAGUCUAUUCUAAACACACAGGGUGUUUCCCAUCAGUUUCGCUUGGAGUUUCCCUUUGAUAAUGAGUAUUUGCAGAUGUAUUGCAAUAAAAACUAUAUUGAUAACAACUUGAGUGAUAAUAAGCAUGUCGUAUCCACGUAUACAAACGAUAAGAAAAAUAGCAAAGUGGUUGAAGGAAUUCCACUUACUCACACACAGGGUUUUACCACUCUAGGUAGACUAUUUUCCAUACGAUAUGAAGCAAUAAUUAAGGUGAAACUAGUACACGGUAGAGAUAUGGAGAUAACGUUGCCAAUAACCAUUAGUCCAUUCAAUAGAGAAAGCAGCGAAUAUUUAUUGUCAUGGAUAAUAAAUCAGUGUGAAGUUGCGAGAAAUAAAUUUGGCAAAGAUCUAGUCAACAGAUUAGUAAAUGCAAGAUACGAUGAAACUGACACCGUACUUCACAGGUUUAAUCCGCCACCGAUCGUGUAUAAGUAUACUAAAUCGGAUUGGGUGAGAUUAGGAUUUAAUGGUGAAGCAUUUGGGUCGAAUCAAUUAGGGAAAAAUUUGGUACAAUACAUUGAUUAG